AUGUCUUCAUAUUCAUACAGAUCUUCUAAUUCAUCAAACAGAGAACUACCAGCUUGGGUUGCUACCCAGCAAAAGGCCUUUAUGCGUUGGGCAAAUACAUACCUGCAGUCACAAGCAAUUCCACCUCUCGAAAACCUUGCACCAGACCUCUCAAACGGAGUUCGUUUGAUCCAGCUCCUUGAAAUCAUUGGAGGAGAGUCUCUGGGUCGCUACUAUCCUAAUCCCAAACUCCGUGUUCAAAAAGCUGAAAAUGUCAAUACUGCUCUUGACUUUAUUAAACAUCGUGGUGUUAUGGUGUAUAAUAUCGGAGCUGAGGAUAUUAUUGACGCCAAUCUUAAACUUGUGUUGGGUCUGCUUUGGGUCCUCAUUCUCCGCUUCACCAUCUCAGACAUUAACGAAGAAGGUCUUUCGGCAAAAGAAGGUUUACUGUUGUGGUGCCAACGCAAAACUGCCGGAUAUGAUGGUGUCGAUGUCCAAAAUUUUUCAACCUCAUGGACCGAUGGCCUAGCAUUUUGUGCGUUGUUGGACCGACACCGCCCAGAUCUUAUCGACUAUAACAAACUUGACCCUGACGAUCAUCGCGGCAAUAUGGAACUUGCUUUCCAAAUUGCAUCUGAAGAAAUUGGUAUCCCCCAGUUGCUCGACGUUGAAGACAUUUGUGAUGUCGCCAAACCCGAUGAGCGAUCAAUCAUGACAUAUGUCGCUUAUUGGUUCCACGCCUUUUCUUCCCUGGAUCGAAUUGAAACAGCAGGCCGUCGCGUGGAAAAGUUUGUAGAAGUCACCGGCUCCGCUCUAGAAAUGCAACACUCGUAUGAAAAACGCGUGAGCGCACUACUGGCUGCAAUGGAGGCAAAACAGGCUGCGUGGCUUAGCGCACCAUUUGACGAUACAUAUAUUGACGCAAAGGCUCACCGCACAGAAUUCCUCAAUUAUAAGCGUACGACCAAGCGUCAAUGGAUCACAGAAAAAUCAGAGCUCACUUCUUUACUUGGCAACAUUCGUACCAAGUUAGCUACCUAUGGGCUUUGUGAAUACCAUCCACCAGAGGGUCUGCGGCUCAUUGAUCUAGAGGCAGCCUGGCGCACGUUACUAGCAGCUGAAGCCUCACAGGCAAAACGCAUCAACAACAAACUGGGUGAAAUCAAGGAACUGCUACGAAAACGGUUUGCUGAUACUGCAAACGAAUUUGCGCUUUCACUAGAUAUGGUGUCACUGCGAAUUAGUGAUCUUGAUGGCGAGCUUGAAAAACAAUUGCUAGGAAUUACCGAUCUCAGCGAUAAGAUCAAGCCUCUUGAUAGCACACUUUGUGAGCUACGAGACCUUGACGCACAAUGCCAGGAGGCUGGUGUUGAAGAAAACGACUACACAGUCUACUCUUACGACGAGUUGGAGUAUGAGCUGGGACUGGCGAAGCAGAGCGUGGUCAAGAAACUAGCCUUUAUUGAAAAUCAAAUUGUGGCACGCAGCAUGACCAAUCUAACACCAAUCCAACUUGAGGAAUUUGAGUCUGUGUUUCGAUUUUUUGACAAGGGCCAUCGCAACGCUCUUCUUGAGAGCGAGUUUUCCGGCGCGCUGGCAUCGCUGGGGCUUAUUUACACGGAAGAAGAAAUGCAUGAUGUUUUCGAGCUUGCCGCUGGCAUUUCUCAGUCACAAACCCACACAAGUGCAUCAACUGAAUCAUCGGAAUCGUCAUCUUCUUCGACUGAUUCUUCUCCCUUUUCACGAUCUUCUUCUUCUUCCUCUCACACUACUGUUUCCUCCAAACAUGACCGGGAUAGUAACGCUUCCUCAUCCUCUACUCUUUUACACCCAAAAUCGAUAGACCAACGACAUGCAAGCCAUCGGAGCUCAACUCACUCAAUCGAACAGGCACUUCCUUCAGUAUCGUUUGAACAAUUUAUUAAAUUUAUGGUUGAAGUUACUGAGGACCAACAGACAGCCGACCAAGUCUUGCAGUCAUUUGUCGACAUUGCUGAGGGCAAAGCCUAUGUCACAGAGCUUGACUUGCAAAAUUCUCUGGUUCCAGAUUCUAUGAUUGAUGUCCUGGUGCGCUCCAUGCCUCUUCAUGAGGAGUUUGCUCACGAGCAGGAAUCGGAUGCGGCUCUUCAGAGAGAGGGUAAAGGCCUGGACUAUAUCAAGUAUAUGCAAAAACUCACAGGCGUCGAACUCACUAUCCCUUUACGACAAGAAGUUGAUGAAAAGUAA